UCACGUAGCAAUUGUUAAUAAAUUUGGUCAGCAAGCAAAAAUGGCUGUCAGUCGCAUCAAUACGCCAGUGAGUGAUUCUUAAAAACCCAUAUAACGGUAUAGAGUUUCUAAAAAUGUCAAAUCAUAUUAAAAUUUUGUUUCUAUUGUUGUUGGCAUAUUCAAUAACAUUAAUGCAUGCACGUCCUAGCGAUGAGCUUGCUGCGCGCCUCUCACUUCUCUACUUGGAUCCGGCGAAUGAUGAGCGCUUCAACGACAUCGAACAUUUUGACGACGGCGAGGUCCACUACAGCAAACGAAAGGAUGUGGUGGAUGAAGUAGCGUUCUUACGCAUCAUAAAUGCGUCCACUAACAAACCCGAUGAAGGCGAGGAACUCACGGAAAGCGCCGAGGCAGAGAAGCGGCUAACGCGUUCGAUGGUUUCUUCGAUAUUCAGUUUUAUGGGCAAUAUGAUGAGACGCUUCAUACCGCGAUAAGAACACUAAAUACAAAUUUAUACAGACAUAUGCGUGAGUUGCAAUGUGUUGUUUUUAUAACCGUCCCUUGUAAGAUAUAGAUAUCUAUUAGUUUAUCAGAAAUCAAGUUUGUGACACCGCCAGAAAGUUUAUGUCUUUGUUUACCCGAAUAAAGCCGGUUCAUUAAGAAUCCCAAGAAUA